UCAAGAUGGUGGCAUUUCCGCACAUGCGCAGCCUUCUUUCAACCCGGACCGCGGUGGCUAACGAGUGCCUCGUAGUGUCCUUUGUGCUUAAUUUUUUCAAUAAUUACCCAAAAUGGGUUUCGUGAAAGUGGUGAAAAACAAGCAAUAUUUCAAGCGUUUCCAAGUCAAGUUUAAGAGGCGCAGGCAGGGAAAGACCGAUUAUUACGCCCGCAAGCGUCUUAUUGUCCAAGAUAAGAACAAAUACAACACCCCCAAGUACCGCCUGAUUGUGCGUUUGUCCAACCGUGAUAUUACUUGUCAGGUGGCUUAUUCGCGUAUUGAGGGAGAUAAGAUUGUCUGUGCUGCGUACUCUCAUGAAUUGCCUAAAUAUGGGGUUAAAGUUGGACUCACCAACUAUGCUGCUGCUUAUUGCACGGGGUUGCUCUUGGCCCGGCGUUUGUUGAAGCAAUUGGGGUUGGAUAAGUUGUACACCGGCACUACGGAAGUCACUGGGGAUGAGUACAAUGUGGAAGGGGUUGAGAAUGGACCAGGCGCUUUCAGGUGCUAUUUGGAUGUGGGGCUUCAACGUACCACAACCGGGGCUCGUGUUUUCGCUGCAAUGAAGGGUGCAGUCGAUGGGGGCCUCAACAUUCCUCACUCUACAAAACGAUUCCCUGGUUAUGACGCUGAAUCAAAAUCUUUCAAUGCUGACGUACAUCGUUCACAUAUUUUUGGACAACAUGUAGCUGAUUACAUGCGUUCUUUGGAGGAGGAAGACCCUGAAGCUUUCAAGAGACAGUUCAGUCAGUACAUCAAGUUGGGCAUUAAUGCUGAUCAGAUUGAAGGGAUUUAUAAGAACGCCCAUGCCGCUAUUCGAGCUAAUCCAGCAGCGGAAAAGAAACCAGAAAAGGCUCCGCCCGCUACCAAGAAGAGGUGGAACCGCAAGAAGCUUACUUUGGCCGAACGCAAGAACCGUGUCGCCCAAAAGAAGAAGUCUUUCAUUGCAAAGAUUCAAGAAGGACAGGCUGAGCCUUAGAUUUUUAUUUCUUUGUAUUAUAUAAAAGAUCGAGUGUAAUCAAUAAAAUUUGGUUCACGGAAA